UGUCUAUGCCCUGGACUAUGAUAAUAGAGGCUCUCUGCGUCCUGAACUAUUAAUAGUUACCUACGUAACUAUCCUGCCUUGGUGCAUUCUCCUUGUGUCAUAACACUUGUCUCAGGCUCGGCUCGUUGUCCAGAUCAUAAAGGCAUAACACCUUUGGCCAUUUGCAACAUUAUGGCUCUUCUUGAAUCAAAGUUUCCCCCAAUCCGUGCAUGCAUCUUCGACAUGGAUGGGCUUCUCAUCAACUCCGAAGACAUAAUUACCCUUUGCACAAACCAACUUCUUGAAAAGUACGGAAGGCCUGCUUUCACUCGGUCGAUUCGAGUCCAGCUCAUGGGCGUCCCAGAUUCAACAAACGGCGAUGUGUUCCACGACUGGGCCAAACUGCCCAUAUCUCGCGAGGAAUUCGCCCACGAACUGAACGGACAAAUGCAAGUCCAUUUUCCGAGUUGCGAACCGUUGCCUGGUGCGGAAAAUCUUCUGUCAGAUCUCAGUCGUGCACGAAGUACUUCUACAGGGGAGAAGAUCAAAUUGGCAUUGGCAUCUAGUACCAAGAGCCAUGGCUACGGAUUGAAAACAUCAAGGCCGGAAACAAAGCAUCUGCUAGAUUUCUUCCCAUCCGAACGACGUAUCUUGGGCGAUGAUGCACGGGUACGACCGGGUCGAGGGAAGCCGGCGCCUGACAUAUAUCUAGUCGCAUUGCAGUCGCUGAACUCGGCGGCCAAUGCGGAUGAGAAGAUCAUCAUGCCCAACGAGUGUUUGGUCUUUGAAGAUAGUGUGGCAGGAGUUGAGGCUGGAAGACGAGCCGGGAUGAGGGUUAUUUGGGUCCCGCAUCAAGAUGUGGCGGCUGAAUAUGAAACCAAGCAGAAGCAUGUGUUAGCUGGGAGGAUGGGCAUGAGUAAACUCGGAGACGACUGGCAGCUAGGGGAGGUCGAUGACGGUUGGGCUGAAAGCAUACCGAGUCUAGAAGCCUUCGAUUACAUAAAGUAUGGGAUUGAUGUUCUGUAAAGUGGCAUAGCAGCAAGUAUUCUGGAUAAGCUAAUUUGAAUAACGUCUGUAUCUGUUUUGCAAGUAUAUUG